AAAUAAUGACAGAUAGUAAAUAUGUAAUUAGUAUAAUUGAAGAUUGGGUCGAAAAAUGGGGAAAAAAUGGAUAUAUGAGAACAGUUCAAUUAAUUCAUGUUAGAGGUUAUUUAGGAAAUUAUGGUAACGAACAAGCUGAUAGAUUAGCCAAACUUG